UUUCUGAGCUUUUCCAAUGGACCCGCAGUUCAGCGCCCAGCAUGUGCUGCGCUGUGACCUGUGUGAGACUUCUGUCCCUCCAAUGUACUGUGACUUAUGUCAUGUCCAACUCUGUAAAGCAUGUGUAGGGGAGCAUCUCUCUGAUUUAUCCAAAGAACAUAAAGUAGUGCCAUUCAAACAAAAGGGAACUACACCCAAAUGUCCAACUCAUGUUGGAAAAUUUUGUGAACUUCACUGUGAGAAAUGUGACCUCCCUGUUUGUUCACUCUGUCUUUCAUCCAACUUCCACAAAGGACAUACUUUAUUGAAUUUACUUGAGAUAAUAAAAACCAAACAAGAGGCUAUAGAAAAAGAUGUUGACGAAUUAUCUUAUUCAGUGUGCCCUAAAUAUGAAGAAAUUUCAUCAGAGAUACAGAGAGAAAAAACAAGCCUAGAAAAACAAUACAAGACACUGACAACAGCUGUCACCAAACAAGGAGAAGAUUGGCAUAGAGAAAUUGACAUCAUUGUCAACAAACAAAAAUCUGAAAUAGAUGAGAUGAAAACUAAACACCUUGCUUUACUAAAUAAACAGGAAAAUGAAAUCAAACAUAUCAUUUCUGAAGUAAAACAGUGCAUUUUUGAUUUGAGAAAAAUAUUGGACUCCAAUGAUGUCUCCCUAGCCUCUGUGUACAAAUCCAGGAAUGAUGAAUUCAAAAGAUUACCUCCUAGAGUCACUGUUUCAUUACCAAGUUUCUUUCCUCUUCAUAUCAACACAGAACAGCUCCGUCAAAUGUUUGGUUCUCUGUCUGCAUUAUCCAUUGAAACAGAAUUACAUGGAUACACAACAAAGGCAUCAGAAGCUGUACCCUGUCCUCCAGAAAAGUCACUGCUUGAUGAACCCGAGCUCCUCACCACAAUAGACACUGGGUGUAAAUCUCUUAAGAGUGUUACCUGUUUCUGUGAUGAAGAAAUCUGGACAUGUGGGAAUGACAACAUCAUGAAAUUGUAUAGCUUCCAGGGCAAGCUACUGAAGUCAAUCCGAACCAAGUCAUGGAACUAUCCAUGUGACAUAGCAGUGACAAGGAGUGGAGAUCUAGUUUAUACUGACACUGAUGCAAGAACUGUAAACAUAGUGCAGAAUGACCAGAUACAGGAAGUGAUCCAACUACAGGAGUGGAUACCUUACUAUGUCUGUAGUACCUCCUCUGGUGACCUCCUGGUUACUAUGUACAGUGAUGACUAUAAACAAUCAAAAGCUGUCCGAUACUCUGGUUCCAUUCAGAAACAAACCAUUCAGUUUGAUAGCAAAGGUAAACCUCUGUAUUCAUCUGGUGACAUUAAAUACAUGAGUGAGAACAGGAACCUGGAUAUCUGUGUGGCUGAUUGGGGAGCCAAAGCAGUAGUGGUUGUUAAUCAGGAAGGAAAACUCCAAUUUAGAUACACUGGUCAUCCCUCUACUAACAAGGUAUCAUUUAAUCCAGUUGGCAUCACAACAAACAGCCAAAGUCAGAUCCUGACAUCAGACAGCUAUCACAAACGUAUCCACAUCCUAGAUCAGGAUGGACAAUUACUCCUUUACAUUGAUAACUGUGAUCUACACAUUCCUUGGGGUUUAUGUGUAGACACCAGAGACAACCUCUUUGUGGCUGAGCUUAACAGUGGUAAAGUGAAGAAAAUCAAAUACAUGUAAACAAUUAGGGAAGUGCAUAUGAUGGAGAUAUGAACUUAGUAGA